UGGCCGGGCCGCGAGCGCGCGUGGCUUCCUGUCGCUGUCCAGUUACUCCUUGUUUAUGGCAUGGAUUCCCCACGAUUUCCCAAGGAAACUGUCCUCAUUACUGGAGGAAGUGGCUACUUUGGUUUCCGCCUCGGCUGUGCGCUGCACCAAAAGGGAGUCCAUGUGAUUCUGUUUGACAUCUGCAGCCCUGCGCAAGCCAUUCCGGAAGGGAUCAAGUUCGUCCAGGGAGACAUCCGCCGCUUCUGCGAGGUGGAGGCCGCCUUCCAGGAUGCCGAGGUGGCCUGCGUGUUCCACGUGGCCUCCUAUGGGAUGUCCGGGCGGGAGCAGCUCAAGCCAAAGCUCAUCAAGGAGGUGAACGUGGACGGCACAGACAAUAUCAUCCGGGCCUGCCAGCAGAGAGGGGUGCCCAGGCUCGUGUACACCAGCACCUUCAACGUCAUCUUCGGAGGCCAGGUCAUCAAGAACGGGGAUGAGUCUCUGCCUUACCUGCCUCUGCACCUGUACCCAGACCACUACUCUCGGACCAAGAUGAUCGCUGAGAAGAACGUGCUGGAGGCCAAUGGCUCAGCCCUGGAACAAGGCAAGGGCAUCUUAAGAACUUGUGCCUUGAGGCCAGCCGGCAUCUACGGGCCCGGCGAACAAAGGCACUUUCCCCGGAUAGUGAGCUACCUGGAGAAGGGCCUGUUCAAGUUCGUGUAUGGCGAUCCUGAGAGCCUGGUUGAGUUCAUCCACGUGGACAACCUGGUACACGCUCACAUUCUGGCCGCCCUGGCUCUGAAAGCUGACAAAGGCUAUGUGGCCUCUGGGCAGCCCUACUUCGUCUCCGACGGCAAGCCUGUGAACAACUUUGAGUUCUUCCGGCCCCUGGUUGAGGGCCUGGGCUACACGUUCCCAUCCAUCCGCCUCCCGCUGGCCCUCAUCUUUUACUUCGCUAUCCUGACAGAGUUAACCCACUUCAUUCUGGGCAGACUGUACAACUUCCAGCCCUUCCUCACUCGCACUGAGGUUUAUAAAACAGGUGUCACGCACUACUUCAGCUUAGAAAAAGCCAAGAAAGAGCUAGGCUAUGAGGCUCAGCCAUAUGAUCUGCAGGAAAUGGUAGAAUGGUUCAGAGCCCACGGCCACGGCAAGAACUCUGAGCAUGAAGGCCUGCGGUACCUUCUCUGGGAUGGGCUGCUGGUCCUCCUCUUGGUCAUGUCGCUUCUCACCUGGCUGUCUUCUGCGGGUCUGUCAGUGUGAAGGCCAAGUUAGGAACAGAAAGGGAUCACGCUCACUCCAGUUUAACAGCCCUAAGUAACCACUUAAGAAUAGAUUCUUCUGAUGGCAUAACAAAGCUCUUGGGAGCUUGUUGAAUAGGGGAAAGACAGAGCACUAGAAAGGGUUACUUUGAUUAAAGGAUAAUGGUAUGAAAUACACAUGGUACGAAAAACCCCUUUGAACA